AUGUCACAACAUCAAACUCCAUCUGGUUCAAAAACUACUAAGCCUACUCACAAGGAUAACACUCCCUCCGUGGACUUUCUCGAUGAUGAAAUUUUGGAUGUGGUCCCUCUGUCUGUUAUUUCAGGCGAAGCCCUUGAUUUAAACCAUCCCAUGGAUGCAUCAGCUUCUGCAUGCCCCAAUCAAGGACAUUCUGUGAAGGGAGUCUCUACUCCUCUGUCUAUAAUGUACCUCUCCCCUGAGGUUGAACCUCAUAGUGAGAAGGAUGAUGAUUCCUCUAGAUUUGGAAAGGACAUGGUUGCUGAAGGUUUGUGCUCUCUAGGGCAAACUGUGUCUAGUAAAAGAAAACCUAUGGCAUCUAUAACUGCCAAUGCUUACCAUUCCGAGAAGCAUGAUUCUGCAAACAAUGUGAUUGACCUAGAGGAUGAUAGUAUGGCUAAGAGUAUGAAGACUAGAAAAGGUAGAUCUGUGGCUGAAAUGAUGUCAGCUAAAACAGCGAAGAAGACUGCUGAUGUAGAUCCUUCCAAAUCUUGGAGCAAAGUUGAUGUGAAGAAAAGGAAGAGAACCACUGUGAGGAAGUCCCCUAUGAAAGUUGUUAUUGUGCACUGGGACAAUAUAUCUUUCCAUCUUGAAGAUGGAGCUGCCAAAUGGAAGUUUGUGAUUCAAAGAAGGGUGGCUGUAGAGAGAGAGUUAGGAAAUGAUGAUGUUGAAGUCAAAGAGGUCAUGGACCUAAUAAAGAAUGUUGGGUUAAUGAAGAUUGUGGUUGGGUUAUCUCAGUGCUAUGAGGGAUUGUUUCUGGGAAGAAGUAUAGAGGGUGCAGGUGAAUUGGAAGCUAUAAACAAUGAGGUUUGUAGAGAAAUUACAGCAAGGCAGAUGAAAGAGUGGCCUAUUAAAAAGCAUAUUCCUGUUGGGAAACUGACUGCUAAGUAUGCCAUAUUGCAUAAAAUAGGAUCUGUAAAUUGGGUGUCUACCAACCACAUUUCCACAAUUUCUAAUACCCUUGGAAGAUUUAUCUUUGCUGUUGGAACCAAACUAAAAUUUGGUUAUGGCAGUCAUGUCGAAGACAUUGUCAUGACAUCUGCUAUGAAAGAAUCGUUGGAAGCCCUGAUUGCAAGCUUAGAGCGAGCUGAAGGUGAGAAUAUUGAACAGGUUAAGGAGGCUGAAGCCCAAACCUCUAGUGAGAGGUCUGUAACUAAUGAUCAGACAAGUGGCAAUUUUGUUUCUGAUGCUGAUGAAGCUGCAAGCUCAAGCUCCUCUGAUUAG